ACCUCCCUGGCUCCAAGCAAAGUUCCCUCCCAAUUUCUUUAUCCAUGGAUCCACCGACGCCGAGCACCACGGCCUCCUCCGGUGCCGCCGCCGCCACCACCACCGCGGCUUCACAGUCCUCCGACAGCCUCCAAUCACCGCAAUCGCAGCCACAGUCACACCCACCGACGUCUUCCCUGCUACCUCCGCCCUCCACAGCUCCUCCCUCAACGCCGACUCUGCCACACACAUCCUCUCCAAACCCUAUGGCGUCCCAACCCCCGCCUACAUCUUCGCAGUCGAGGCCUUCUUCGCUCACAAGGCCUUGGCAGCCGCCGCAGCAGCCUCCGCUCACUCCAUCCACUUCCGGUCCACCCUCUCAGCGCGGGGGAAUUGCCAUUGGCGUGCCAAAGCACCAGAGCAGCCAUUCUCCGCAGCCAGCACCGUUCUCCUCUUCCUUCCUUGGGCAGCAUUAUGGCGGUCUAGGUCGCGGUACAGUCAGCACGCCGGAGUCAAGCUCGACUCCCAAUUCCGCACAGAUGAGACCAUCAAUGCAAGGAAUGCAUGGAGCUGGGAUGCUGGGUUCGGGUUCUCAAUUGCGACCAGGGGGAAUUCAUCAACAAAGGCCUCCUCAACAGCCUUCUAUUAGACCGCCACCGUCCACAACUAGUCAGUCCCCUUCUUCCCAAGGUUUCCCUGGCCAUGGUCUUUUGAGAGGCUCUUCAGUGGGUUCUUCACUCUCUCCUUCGCCUAGUACAUCUCAAGGGACUCAGCCGUGGCUUUCAUCUGCAUCACAAGGGAAGCCUCCUGUGCCAUCUCCUUCAUUUAGACCCCCUGUGAACUCUCAGCCAUCUUUGCAGCAAAGGUCUCAUAUUCCUCAGCAGCCACAUCCCCCUCUUCCAGCUCCUUCUACACAGCAACAGCAGAUGUCUUCUGCCCAAGAACCCUCGCUGUCAAAUCAGCCGCAAGAGCAGUUUGGGCAGCUCCCGUCACGGGUCCAACCAUCUUUGCCUCCUCAACCCACUCCAAGAGUGACUGGACCAGCGACUCAGAAACCUUCCUCUCUCACAAUGGGGCAAGCACAACCUAUGUCAGUUCCAUCAACCACAACUGGUAAAACAACGGCUCUAGAAAGUGAUGAAUCUUGCACUAGAAUCAUCAGCAAAAGAAGCAUCAACGAGUUGUUGAAUCAGAUUGAUCCAUCGGAAAAGUUGGCUCCCGAAGUUGAAGAUGCUCUUAUUAACUAUGCUGAAGAAUUUGUUGAAUCUAUAACAUCAUUUGGUUGCUCAUUGGCAAAGCAUCGGAAAUCCUCUACACUGGAAGCAAAAGACAUACUUCUUCAUCUUGAAAGAAAUUGGAAUGUGACAGUUCCUGGUUUUAGUGGGGAUGAAGUUAAGAGCUUCAAGAAACCGGUGACAAAUGAUAUUCACAGGGAACGGCUCGCAGUGAUAAAGAAGUCAAUCGCAGUGGCUGAAGCUUCAAAUAACAGGAAUGCUGCUGGUCAAUUGGCUGGAAGUGCGAAGUCUAACAUUUCAAAAACGUCUGCUAACGUUCUGGGCUCUCCCAAUAUGAAGAGCUAGAUAUACAUCAUAUGAUGGGAUUUUCAUUUAAAAAAUUCUUUGCCUAUAAUAUGAGGACUUAUUCAGGGGUGGAAGUGGGAAAAGAAGGAAGAAGUGUAUCAGGUUGAUUGAUAUCGUUGGCCCAGAUCUGCUUCCCUCAGUUUUCUCCCAUUCUUCGGCUAAGUAGGUCAUGCAAGGUAGCAUCAAACAUGUGUAGUUCCCUUCAUCACAAUCGAUUCCAGUCAGCUUAGUCCUAAUGAUUACAUUUAGAAUCUUGUCAACCUGCAUAACUAUAGCCAUAAAUGAUUUUGAGCUUCAGGUGGAAAGAAGUGAUCGUUCCUAAUUGUGCAGGAAGUCCCGGCUUAUAGUUGGAUGUAGGAUUGUUUUCUGUGUAUUCCUCGAGCUUUAUCUGAAUAUACGGGGAGUGGCUACCUGUGGGGUCGGUAGUAUGCUGGCAUGCUAACUCAAUAUAAACGCCAUGCUCAUUUAUGAAUUGGAUUGUGACCCCCGAGUUAGUAAGGCUCGCUGUAUAUAUAUAGACUGCAAGUUGUGUACCCUAAGCCAUAAUAAAUCGUUAGUUAAACCAU